AUGGCGGCUUCAGAAGCUCUCUCGGUUUUCCUUGCUGUUGUAGUCGCGGUGCCAACUUCAGACAACGACGUUGCUCCAGAGAAUUCUACAGCCUAUGAUCCAUUGUUCGAUGUUUUUAGCACUGGCAGACAGAGGUUUACGGUAGUUGAAGCGGAAGAUGUGGUUGCUCACGGUCAAGAAUCGUCAAAAACAUUUGAUGUCAACAAUGAUGAUCUAUGUGCGAAAGCACUCAAGUCAUAUAUUCAACGGGUUAUUGAAGAAACUUCAGCUGCCAGAAACGCAAAGGCUGAAGAUCCUGCUGUAACAACCGCUUUAAUGCCUGCUGCAACUCCUGCAGCUGAUCCGAAAGGAGGAAAAAAGCUCGAUCCAAAAGGUGCUCCUGUAAAGGAAUCUUCUAGGCCACCUACCGCAUCACCUUCAAAGGAUGCAUCCAAGAGAGGCAACAAAUUACGAGAUCGUAAAGCUGGAAGGGCUGGUGCCAAAAGCUCUGCCAUAGCGGAUGAGCCCAGUGACGGACCCGAUUGUUACAUAUUAUUGCGAAAACUUCGACCUGAAACGAUUAAGCUAUUCGCUCGUGAUAACAUCCAAAAAGUGGACGCUCUAGUUAUCCUGGAUGGAAUGCCAGCGUCAAUGGGAGGCCUACCGAAACCAGCAACCAAUCUAGCCAAUGUCAAGCACGCCUUGUUAAACGAAGUGAUGCAACUGUCCGCAUCACCUGAAGCCAAUCCAAAGUGGGCAGACACUGCUAUUUGUCAAGUUAAGAUUUCCGACGCAAAAGACAGUUUAGAUGCUUUUAAUACUAUGGCACGAGAAAUCUACACAAUUUUGGCCCAACGCAAGGCUUUCGAAAAUGCAUUCAAGGUUGCCACGAUUGAAAUUCCGAAAAUUAAAUCUGUAAACAAGCGCCCAUUAUCGGGAACUGGACAGGACCUCGCAUCUGUCGUAUCUGCAAUGGUCGCCGAAGUAGCACCACUGGAGGAACAAGAUGCUGUUGAGAUUGACAAGAGUGGCGAUGUCGUACGUCGUCUCCAUCAGCAUCUGGCCGAUAGAGUAGCAAAAAUGUCCUUCGCUCCAUCCGCUGUAGUGUCCAGGUCUUCAGAUAAUGGACUAGUCGACCCCGCAUCCAUCACUUUGUCGAAAAAGCUUCAGCAAGCCGUAAAAUCGUUGCAAUGGAAGGCGGACGACGAGAAAGCUGCCGUGCUAGAGUCAGAAGAAUUCCGCAAGACUACGGGCGUUAUAGGAUCUAGCAGCAUGUCACUUAAACGAUGGAGAACGGAAUUCGAAACCAUUCUAGGUCUGGAAUCAAACAGCUUGGACUCAUAUUGCUGGACUGAAAGAUUGGAUGAACGAGCUACAGUACAAGUGCUGGACUCUGCCAGGCUUUACCUGCAUCAUUCCACAGUUACUCCAUUUUAUGGGAGUCUGUUGGCCUCUGUCUCUCAUUCAGAAAAAGUAAACAUACGAAUGGAUCGGCAGAUUCGAGAGACAGUCGUACCAACCAAGAUAGGAUUCGGAAAAUUCUACCAGAUGUAUAGGAACGGUACCUUGAACGAUGUCUUGCUUAUCAAGAAACCGAUAUACCAAGCCAAUGGUCUCGCCAUCCGACACAAACAGCUUAUCGACCACUAUUACACAUCUGACGGCCUUCAUGUCGCAGUUCCAGUCGGAAGUGAGGGUACUCCAGCCUCUGAUGAGCGCAAUCAUGUGGACUGGUGUGGCAUUCACAUUGUACUUGAUGGUUUACGAACGUCUUCUCCUGCUCUGAAAUUGGCCAUUGGAACCGUAAACAUAUCCGUUUCCACUGAUAGUGGAACCAUCUGCGCAACUGCAAUAUCUGCUGAUGGGAAAUGUGUGGUAGUCAAGGCAGGAGUUGCAAUAUCACAGUCAGUUCCAAGUAUCCAGAAAAAGAACAAGAUGACCCUAAGCAUUCAAGACAAGGUCUCGGAAGAACUGCGGCGAACGUUGAAUUCUGACGGCUCUGUUAUGUGUAUUUACGCAGAUGGUAGCUCGACAACAUACUUUCCGUCUGGUGCUAUCUGCACCCUGCAAGGCGGGGUAACUUCUCAUACUGGAUUUACAGGCCAACGUUCUCGUUUUGAAGCAGACGGCUCAGUUACAAGUCUUCCAGAGAAACUGAGAAUAGCACGUGAAUCUCAUCGUGAUUUGCAUAAGUCUCAAAUAACGGCUACAAGAGAGGAUUUGGUCACUACUACAUUUGAAGGAAACACUUCUAUCGUCACUUUUGCUGAUGGGACUCGUAUGGAGUCGAGUUACACGUGUGACAUGCUUGCAGAAUUCAAGCGAUUAAUGGAUGGAGAAGAAUGGCCUAAACCAGAGACAUGUACUGUUUCUCAAAUUGGGUUUGCCACUGCUGAUUCAACGGUUACUAUAAAUCUUGAUGGAACGGCUGUAAUUCGUGUAGAACGCUUCAGAUCUGCCAUGUGUGAGAUGAACUGGAUGCAGGGCAGCAUGCGACUAGUAGAUUCCGAUGGUACGACAAUCACCUUGCCGACGACGACAGAGCCAAUAUCCUACAAUUAUGUAUCACCAAAGGUCUCAACAACGCUAGACUCGCUGGUAGCCGGGACACUGUCACAAACUCUGAUCAAACAGUCACAUCAAGUUCAGAGCCGUAUGCUCAAUGCCCCUCGGCUGUUUCUUCUCUUUGAUAACGGAACAGCCAUAGAACUAUUAAAAGAUGAUGAUUCUGCUCGAAUAAUCAAGGAAGCAUACUCGAAUUCGAAUUUGGAGGUCUCUGAAGAAGAUCUCAAGGACGGAACUGGUGCUGUAGGAGUAAACAUAGCAUCGUAUGCACCAAUAGACGGUCGACUAGAGUGGACUCGACAAUUGGUCCGAUAUCCAGUCAAACCUCACGCCAGUGGAUCACAUUCUGAUAUUAUUGUAAAACCAAGUGCUAGCCAUGUCCCCAAGAGUCACAUCAAGAAACGCAUCUAUCGACCAGCUGUAAACGAAGGAGGAUUAACGAAACGAGUCACCACUUCCAUGUUGGUGAAGGAAGGAAUUAGGGAUCAAUUAGAGGCUGUUGAAUCAGUGCCUAAAUUCUUUGCUUCUCCGGAGGGAAGUGCAAUUAGAGAAUCUGUUGCUCCUGCAGCAUCAUUGUAG